AUGUACAACCCCAUACCCAGCCUCAUCGCGGCCCUCGGGGCCUGCACCAGCCCUGACCCCGCUUUGCGCAAGGCGGGGGAGGAGGCACUGAACCAGAGCAAGCAUGCUCGGGGGCAGGUGGUCAACCUGCUGCGGGUGUCGCUGGAGGAGGGGUGCGACCCAGCGGUGCGACAAGUGGCCGCCAUCUCCUUCAAAAACCUGGUCAAGCGAGACUGGGAGGCAGAGGGUGAGGCGCUGGCCUGCAUGCAGCUGCUGGGUGCUGCCGAGGCUCACCUGGCAGGCGUGAGGGAGCGCGCAUCCGCGCUGCCGAGCAGUGCCGAGGGCAAGGCCAGCCCCCUUGCCGAGGAGGACAAGGCCGCGGUGCGGGGUGUGAUGGUGGAGGGUGUGACGCGGGCGCCGCACGCAGUGCGGGUACAGCUGGCCGAGUGCGUGCGCAGCCUGGUGUACUCAGACUACCCGCAGCACUGGCCCGACCUGCUGCCGCAGGACCAGGCGCGGGUGAGCGGCGCGCUGUGCGUGCUGCGCUUCCUGGCCCGCAAGUACGAAUUCCGCGACGAGGAAGAGCGGGCGCCGCUGGAGGCAGUGGUCAAUGCCACCUUCCCUUCCCUGCUGCACAUCUUCCAGAUGCUGCUGGCCAUGGACUCCUCCUCCCCAGAGCUCGCCGAGCUGCUCAAGCUGGUCUGCAAGACCUUCUGGUCUGCCACCUACAUGUCCAUCCCCGCCGUCCUCAACCAGCCCGAGCAGUUCAGCGGCUGGAUGAGCUGCUUCCACGGCCUCAUGACCAAGCCACUGCCGCUGGACCAGCUGCCCGCCGACCCCGACGCUCGCAAGGGGUGGCAGUGGAACAAGGCCAAGAAGUGGGUCAUGCACAUCGCCUCGCGCCUGUUCAACAGGUACGGCGACCCCAAGCUGUGCAGCGAGAAGGAGGAUGUGGCCUUUGCACAGCGCUUCCAGAAGGAGUGCUCCCUCACCUUUUUGCAAGCCGCGCUGGCGCAGCUGGCGGUACUGGCGCAGGGCGGCUACCAGUCCCCCCGCGUCAUCAACCUGCUGCUGUCAUACAUCACGCAGGCUCUGGCCUACAGCCACACGUGGAAGGCGCUGAAGCCGUAUGUGGAGCAGAUGCUGCUGCACGUGGUGUUCCCGCUGCUGUGCUUUGACGACGAGGAUGCGGAGCUGUGGGAGGAUGACCCGCAGGAGUACAUACGCAAGGGCUACGACAUCAUGGAGGACAUCUACUCCACCAAGACCGCUGCCAUGAACUUCCUGCACGAGCUCUGCAAGGCGCGCGCCAAGGGCAACCUGGACAUGCUGAUGGCGCACCUUGUAGGGGUGCUGAAUGAGUACCAGGCGGCGCACCCGGGCGCCCCCGUGGCGCUGGCCCGCAAGAUGGACGGCGCGCUGCUGGCCAUCGGCACGCUGUCAGACGUGCUCAAGGACAAGAAGCCGUACAGCGGGCAGCUGGAGCCGAUGCUGGUGCAGCACGUGGUACCGCUCUUUGAGUCGCCGCACGGCCACCUGAGGGCCAAGGCGUGCUGGCUGGCUGGUCAUUACGCCGACAUCGAGUUCCAGGAUGGGCAGGGGCAGGGGCCCACCUUUGCCGCCCUGCUGCAGCGAGUGAUGGAGGACAUCCUGUGGCCCAUCCUGGACCGCUACACGUCCAGCGAGGGGCAGGACAUCUUUGAGGAGGUGAUGCAGCUGGCCACCUACCUCACCUACUUCCCCCCAACCAUCUCCCCCCGCAUGUGGACCCUCUACCCGCGCAUGCUCCAGUGCGUGGGUGACUGGGCCAUCGACUACUUUGAGGAGGUGCUGCUGCCGCUGGACAACUUCAUCAGCAAGGGCACCGAGGUCUUCCUCACCAGCCAGACCCCCAACUACCUUGCGCUCACAAACCAGACCCUGGAGCUGGUACUGUGCGGGGACGGGUAUCCCGAGGACCAGGUGGUGUGCGCUCCCCGCCUGAUGGGCGUGAUACUGCAGCACUGCAGGGGGCGCGUGGACCAGUGCCUGGGCCCCUACUUGUCGCUGGCGCUGCGGCGGCUGGCCCCCGGGGUGGAGUCUCAGGACUUGGGCGACGCGCUGAUGUGCGUGCUGGGCGAUGCGCUGCACUACGACGCGGCGCUGGCGCUGGGGGCGCUACAGGCGCAGGGGGCGCUGCAGCAGGCGCUGGGCGCGCUCAGCACCACCAUCUUCGCCAGCAAGAAGUCGGGCAAGAUGAAGCACUACACCUCCCCCCGCGAGAAGAAGGUGGUCACCCUUGGCCUCAUCUCGCUCAUCGCCCUGCCCGACGCCCAGCUGCCGCCAGAGGUCAAGCCGGGCAUGCCGCAGGUCACCUCGGCCAUCCUGCGCCUGCUGCUGGCGCUGAAGCAGCAGCAGGAGGAGCACAAGAGGCGCGGCAGCGAGGCGGGCAGCGGCAACGAGUCGGACUUGGAAGAUGAGUCGGAGGAGGAGGAGGAGGAGGAGGAGGAGCUGAGCGACGAGGACGACGAGGUGGACGAUGCAUACCUCAAGCGGCUACAGCGCAUGGCGGCCAAGCGGGCGGGAGCAGAGGACGAGGACGACGACGACGACGACGACGAUGACGAGUACUACAGCGAGGACGAGGUGGAGGAGACGCUGCAUGGCAUCCAGCACGCCGACCCGCCGCGCUUUGCGGCGCUGGUGGGCGGGCUGGAGGCCAACGUUCAGGCGGCGGUACAGGGCAUGAUGCAGUACGCGGCGCAGCUCAAGGAGGAGCAGCUGCAGGCGGCGGCGGCGGCGGCCAACGGCCACGCGGUGCCGCCGGCAUGA